CCGCCACUCUGACCGCGACCGUGGUGACCGUGACCGCAGCGACCGCGGUGACCGACGUGGAGGUCGGUUUGACGACCGCGGCAGCGACCGACGUGGAGGUCGGUUUGACGACCGUGGCCCGCCGCCGCCCGGACCGCCGCCUCCAGGCAUGCUUCCACCGCCUCCUACCGCUGCCAGUGGCGGAGCUGGCUUCCUCGACCCAGACGCCCAGCCGCCGGACGACAUCCCGUUCGGUCCGGCCAAGACUAGCAACCGCGGCAGCGACCGUCGCGGUGGCGACCGCAGUGGUGACCGUGGUGGCAACCGUGACGGUGAUCGCGGCGGACGCGGCCGUGGCGGCGAUCGUGGCGGCGAUCGCGGUGGCGAUCGAGGCCGUGGCGGCGAUCGUGGUGGCGAUCGAGGCCGUGGCCGCGACUCGGACUCGUCACGGUUCUCCAAGUUGACACUGCGAGUGUACAACAUUCCGGACGAGCUGCUGGCUGAGAGCCACCUGCGCGCGCACUUUGGCGUCUUUGGAGCUAUUGUCAAGUGCACACCGAUCCCGCCCAAGUCAUCGGCUUUUAUCCAGUUCCUCACAGCCAAGUCUGCCAAGCGGGCGUACGAGUCGCCCAAAGCUGUUCUCGGCAACCGGUUCAUCAAGCUCCAGUGGGCGUUUGCCAACGACGAGACUGAGGCCGGCAACAUGGAGGCGUACAUGGAGGCCGUGGCGUCGGGGGAGGCCGUGCCACAGGCUGCGCCGGCGUCGGCACCGCGGCGGCCCGAGCGCGCCGAGCGCUACGAGGGCUCGUCGCGAUUCGACCGCCGUGAGCGUGAUGAGUUCGCCGACGACGACGAGGUCGCUGCCGGCGACGAUGGGCCGAUCCGGGGCGCUGAGCCCGCAGCGGGUGCCACUGAGCUCGACGCCGCCGCCGUCAACGCCGCCAAGCUCGAGGCUGUCGCCAAGCGCAAGGCUGCGGCAGACAUGCACAAGAAAAAAGUGGCGCUCCUCCGCGAGCGUCUCGCCAAGUACGAGAAGAUCCUCAAGCUCAUGCUCGCAAACCCCAAGCUGCAAGUGCCCGAGAAGAUGGCCGAGAUCACUGGCAACGUUAAGGAGUUGCAGGCCGAGCUCAAGGCGCUGUUGGACUCGCCACCAGCCACUGUCGCGCCGCUGCCGGCUGCCACGAAUGGGCGCGGGCGGGGCCGGGGCCGCCGGGGCGGCUACCACGCCGGGCCUGCUCGCGACGCUCCGCCGUCCGGCUUUGUCAUCCGCGGCCUCGGCGAGAGCGCCGCCGGAAACAUGACCGCCGUCCGCAAGCACUUUGAAACGCUUGCGCCGAUUCGGUCGCUCUCGUUUGACAAAAACGAUCCACACGUGGCGUACAUCCAGUUCCGCUCGCGCGAGGAUGCUGAGUAUGUCAAGGAGGCCGGCGCGACGUCGCUUGACGGCGCCACCAUCGCGCUUGAGUGGCACUCGGGCCGGGCCGGCGCUAUUGGCAGUCGCAGCGGCAGCGGCAGCACUGCCUCGCGCGGAGAAGGCAGCAGCACGACGGCUGCCGCUUCUAACGACGGCGAGGAGGACCUCGUCGGCGAGGAGGAGGACGUCGACGACGACGACGAGUACGUGGUGGACGACGACAACGACCCGGUGGGCGAAAAGUCGUGGAAGCGGUAAAGUAUCAGCGAGUGAG